AAUACCCAUGAUGCUUUAACGGUUCUGUUAAUUUUGUUCACCAGUAAGUUUCAAAUCGGCCUGCGUUCCAUUCUGCAAUGUUUACUUACGAUAUCCCGGUACUUCCUAGGCUUCAUUGCCUGGCCUCAUCUACCCUCUCGAGUUCCCAUGUAUGCACUAUGAUAAGAACUAGUGUAGUUUUGUGGCUAGAAUUGGGUUCACUUAUAGAAAUGCGUGAAGUAGUCUCCGUCUGUCAACAACAAACUGCACCAUAAUUUGUCUUGCAAAUAUGAUGCAUUUUUUAGGGAUGAGGAUAAGAUUGUGUGUAGGGGUGUACACGAGGGAUGGUGAUUUUCAAUUUUUUCACAGAUCGACGGAUCAAAUAAUGUUCAAUGUGCUCGAUUCCAAAAUCGAUUAGCAUAGCAUGGAGAGGAAUCUGUUUUUUUAGAACGUAUCUUGGGCGGGCUGCUCCACUGCCUGGUUGUGUAGAAAAUGUAUUAUCAAACACUAGUACCCACGUUUGUCCAUCAGCAUAAAGUCUUAGUGCUUACUUUGUGUCAACAAAUACAGUCAUGGUCCGAUAAGACACAAAUUAAUUUUAUUUUCAACUGAAUUGUUGCACGCACACAAAACCAAAAUACUCAGCGGCUUGGCUGAAUACUCAAUUCUGAUAGGCUGAUACAUGUAUAUUAUUUCUCCAUGUACGGUGACUAUGGAAUUGUGCCUGCAGAAGUUCAAUCACCGUUGUAUGCGAUAUCAAACAUUUUGUAACACCAUUUUGACUUAAAAAACCGGUUGAGAGUGGCUAGAGUACUAGAAACUGGCGUUCGUUGCUUAGCGGUAGUCUGUAUGAGAUGUUUGCUAGAAUACUUAGGCAGGCUGACAUUUCCUUUGCCGUGGAAGCGUAUAUUUUGAAACUCAUGUUUUCAUUACACGGAGGUGGUAAAUUCGCGUCGGACGAUUUCCUUCAGCGUAGGGCAUUCAAAUUGCAUAAUGUUCAACCACUCGGACAUUAUCCGGCUUAUACAACGACUCGCCAAAAAAGCAUAACUGUAAUCAAAACGUACGUUUCCAGAAAGACUUGACUUUAUUCUGUUCAUAUUUUUUUACAUAGGCUACUAUAUGAUAAAUUAAUAAAUGGAACCAAGUUUCCACACAGUGUAUGUAAAUAGCCUUGAUGAGAGAAUAUAGAAGAUCGAGCAGGCACGUAUUCGACGACUAAUCGAUCAAUCCAUUACUCGUACCCAUCUCUAGUGAAAACCAGUACAUUUUAGAGCGUAAUUUGUCUGAGGUCCAGCUUGUCAGAUCUGUUAGUCCCAGUAUGACAGACAGGGCGUACAGGGUUGUGAAGGGUUUUGCUGGGUAGCUGAGGUCAGAUAUUAGGCUAGAUUGCUAAAAUUAAUUUUGUACAGUUAUCCAUAGCUAAGAACACUGUCCAGUUCACACAGUGAACAUUAUUCUUAUCCGUUGGCGUAGGAACCGGGGGUGGGUGGGACGUGUCCCCCCAAUGUUUGUAAAGAAUCUAAUUGUCCCCCACAAUCAUAGAUGAUCCAUCUCCCAUGUAAAGCUUUCAGUAAAUGCUGCAACAGCAAUAAAAGAUGACUUCAAAAUUAUGCAGAAAGGACUGUAACGCCUGUAAACAAACGUGAAUUAUUGACUCCCCUCUUCACACAGUACCAGUGGUUUACCCCCAUGGCUACUAGAAGUUGGAGCUUAGGAAAGCACACAUGGGAUAUGUAGUCAACAGUUAGAGGUGAAUGCUCAAGCCGAUCAUAUUAUGGACGUCACUUCCCGUAACCCUUAUAGAAAUAAAAAUGGUAAGAAGAAAUUUCAGGAUAGCGCUUCUGAAUUUGCUUGUGUCGAAAGUUCUGCGACGGAAACAGCGAUAGAUUUACCCACUAUCAUCUAUUCAAAAUGUAAACAAGCCAGGAAGUUUUCACGGUUGGGAAGACAUUUAUGACAACGUCAGCUAAGGAGCUGCAGUUCUGCAGACCUUUGAGCAGCAGUAUGAUGCAGUCAGGAGUCUGUCUGAGACAGGACACUGAGACUACACUACCAGAGCUCACAGAGCAGCACAGGAUCAGACAGAAAGAAGAGGAACUCAGUGGACUGGAGUCUGUCCACAUGGUGGAGACGGAGACAGAGUGUGCUGGACCAGGACUCAACACACUGGAGCCAGAUUGUAUUACAGCGCACUGUGGGGUCAGUGAUGUACACCACACAGACGCAUCACUGAUUAAAAUAGAAACUGAUCUGGGCUCCACCCACACUGGAGAUCUUAAGACAGAAAGGCUCGACAGUACAGAGCUGGGAUAUGUAAUCAAUUUGCAUGCUGACCAAAUAAAAACAGAGACUGAUGAUGAAGGAUACCAUAAUGCAGAACACAUUAGUGGCUUGCUGGAUGUUAAUUAUAUUAAUAUUGAAUCGGAUCAAAUCAAGUGUGAGUCUGCUGAAAGUUUAGUGAGUGGUCUCAUGAAUGCUGUGAUGACUGGAGCUGGUGUUGAUCAUAGCGACCAGACUGAACCAUGGCAGUAUGCAAGACAGCCAAACACAGACUGUAAAAAAGAAGAAAUUCAUGAUCACUCAACCCAAUGUGGGGACUUAAAUCAUCACUGUCAUAUAAACAAUGAGAGUAGUCAGACCAGAAUUGUCGAGAAAAGUGUUGGCAGUAGCAAAAACCAUAUUUGCCACAGAACGAAUGUGAAAACUGAGCCCAUGAUCAUUAAUUCAAGUAAAAACCCAAGCCUUUUGAAUUUCUUUCAAAAUGAGACAUUUCAUAGUAACAAUAGUGAAAUUAAUACCAGUGAAAAGCCAUACAAAUGCACACAGUGUGAGAAGUGUUUUAACACCAAAUCUGGUUUAAAUAGCCAUCACCAAGUCCAUACAGGUAAAAAGCCCUACAAAUGUUCUCAGUGUGGGAAGUGCUUUUCCAGAAAAUUUAAUUUAAAUACCCACCAGAGAAUUCAUACUGGGGAAAAGCCCUACAAAUGUUCUCAGUGUGGAAAUUGCUUUUCCACAUCAUCUCAAUUAAAUACUCACCAUCGUUUUCAUACUCGUGAAAAGCCCUACAAAUGUUCUCAGUGUGGAAAUUGCUUUUCCACAUCAUCUCAAUUAAAUACCCACCAUCAUUUUCAUACUCGUGAAAAGCCCUACAAAUGUAGUGUGUGUGGAAAGUGCUUUUCUACAACAUCUGUGUUAAAUAGGCAUCAUAAAAUCCAUACAGGUGAAAGGCCCUACAAAUGUACUCUGUGUGGGAAGUGUUUUUCUACUAAAUCUAUGUUAAAUAGCCAUCAUAAAAUUCAUUCGGGUGAAAAGCCGUACAAAUGUACUGAGUGUGGGAAGUGUUUUUCCCGAGUGAGUAUUUUAAAUGACCACAAGAUUGUUCAUACAGGUGAAAAGCCAUACAUAUGUACUCAGUGUGGAAAUUGUUUUUCACAGGAAAGUGCUUUAAAUCGCCACAAGAUGAUUCAUACAGGUGAAAAGCCAUACACAUGUACUCUCUGUGGGAAGUGUUUUUCACAGAAAAGUGCUUUAAAUCGCCACGAGAUGAUUCAUACAGGUGAAAAGCCCUACAAAUGUACUGAGUGUGGGAAGUGUUUUUCCCACAUAGGUGCAUUAAAUCGCCACAAGAUGAUUCAUGCAGGUAAAAAGCCUUACAAAUGUCAUCUUUGUGGGAAGUGCUUUUCUACAUCAUCUAUUUUAAAUAGCCACCAGAAAAUUCAUUCAGGUGAAAAACCGUACAAAUGUACUGAGUGUGGGAAGUGUUUUUCCCGAGUCAGUAUUUUAAAUGACCACAAGAUUGUUCAUACAGGUGAAAAGCCAUACACAUGUACUGUGUGUGGAAAGCGUUUUUCACAGAAAAGUGCUUUAAAUCGCCACAAGAUGAUUCAUACAGGUGAAAAGCCAUACACAUGUACUCCGUGUGGAAAGUGUUUUUCACAGAAAAGUGCUUUAAAUCGCCACAAGAUGAUUCAUACAGGUGAAAAUCCAUACAGAUGUACUGAGUGUGGGAAGUGUUUUUACCAAAUGGGUGCAUUAAAUCGCCACAAGAAAAUUCAUUCAGGUAAAAAGCCCUACAAAUGUCCUCUGUGUGGGAAGUGCUUUUCUACAACAUCUAUUUUAAAUCGCCACAAGAAAAUUCAUUCAGGUAAAAAGCCAUACAAAUGUACUGAGUGUGGGAAUUGUUUUUCCCGGAAAAUUGAUUUAAAUUGUCACAAGAGGAUUCAUAUAGGUAAAAAGGCCUACUGUUAGUGUACUCGGUGAGGGAAAUGUUUGAAUACAUAAACUAAUUUAAAUAUUUGUCAGCAUGUUCUCAUGGAUGAAGAGCACUACUUUUGUAUUUAGUGUUGUAAGUGUCUUAAUAUAAAGUUUGCCGAUGAGUGUAUACAGUGCAGGAAACUGAACAUCGUGCCAGAUAAUUCAUACAGGUGAAAAGCCCAAAAGAAAUGUAUUUAUUUUGGGAUGUGUUUUUCAGAAACAAUGCUUUCUGAUAAACAAAUGACAGACCAUUGAUGUGGGUCAGUGGGUAGGUUUGUCAUUGUUGCAUUGUAAUUGCCACGAGGUAAAAUUCCCAGCGAAAGUCCUCAGUGUGUCUUUUUUUUCCAAAAUCUACAUUAAACACCAGAGAAUUUAUAACCAUUAAAAACCCUACACGUCUUGAGCUUGGGAUUUGUUAUUUAACAAAAUCUCAUUUAAAUUUCCACCGGAAUAUCAAUUCAGGGUUGUAUAUAUUCAUUCACACACUAUGGGAAUUGCUUUAAAAAAAUAAAAAAAUUAUUAUAUUUUAAAAAAAUCAAAUUUCAAUAGCCAGCAAAGAUUCAGUUGUGCGCAUGAAAAUUUAAGAUUAAAAAUACUAAAAUAAAUGGCUAAAUUAAAGAAAUUGCAUUCCAGAAAACAAAGAAAAUCAGAUUGAAGCCCAACUAAAAAGUAAAGUUUUUGUUGAAAAAUAUCAAUACUUUCAGCUGCCCUCAAUAUUUAUGACUGAGAUAUUUAAUAUUUGGUUUAUAAUCUUGGCCAAAAAUACUGUAAAAUGGAAUUUUGUGUGAGUUUGUUUAUUGUGGAAUGGUCCAAAAAUAUCCCAUAUGGUUUUAAGUGAUACCAGAAAAAAAUCAUAAUUGUGAGAAGUCAUUACCACAGUGGUUCAUCAUGUUCCUUUCAACAACAGAUUAAAUUCAGAAACUGAAUUAAUGUAACCAGUCAGCGUGAGAAGUUUGCUUAGCAUGCAAAAUGUACUUUUGUAAGUCGCUUUGGUAGAAAUCAUUUGCUAAAUGAUGAUAUUAUGAAUUAAUAUUUUUAAGCAACGUCAAAUACAAUCACCGGCCACUUUAUUGGGUACACCUUGCUAGUACCGGGUUGUCUUCUGCUGCUGUAGAUCUGCUUCAAGGUUCGACAUGUUGUGCAUUCAGAGAUGUUCUUCUGCAUACCUCAGUUGUAACGAGUGGUUAUUUGAGUUACUGUUGCCUUUCUAUCAGCUCGAACCAGUCUGGCCAUUCUCCUCUGACCUCUGCCAUUAACAUGGAAUUUUCGCCCAGAGAACUGCUGCUCACUGGAUAGUUUCUCUUUUUUCUGACCGUUUUCUGUAAACCCUAGAGAUGGUUGUGCGUGAAAAUCCCAGUAGAUCAGCAGUUGCUGAAAUACUCAAAUUAGCCCGUCUAGCACCAACAACCAUGCCACGUUCAAAGUCACUUAAAUCAGCUUUCUUCCCCAUUCUGAUGCUUGCUUUGAAUUUCAGCAGAUUGUCUUGACCGUGUCUACAUGCCUAAAUGCAUUGAGUUGCUGCCAUGUGAUUGGCAGAUUAGAUAUUUGCGUUAAAAAUAAAUAAACAAAGCUUUUCUACAGGCUAAAGGGACUUUGCCACAGAGCCUUCUUAUCAAAGCACCACUGUACGGUACUGAGUCCUCAAAUAAAUAUUUUGAAACAUUUUCCAAGUGUUAUGGGGGAAAUUUGCACUUGUAAUUGAUUCUUUUUGUCACCUGCUUUUUUGUCGUAAACUUUUCUUGUUGUUCAUUGUAUUGUCCCCCCUAUGGUGUUCCUUGUUUAUGAUGUCUUGGAUAUCAUAUUUUGCAUUUGAAAAACAGCACAAUAACUGGGUAAAACUGCAAUCCAGUUUUUCUUCAAUAAUAAGUGUGUUUCCUAGUUUAUUCUUUAGAAUAAAUAAUUUCCCAUGUAGUCAAGCUCUGAUAUUUUUGAUGAUUAAAUUGACACCAAUGUAAAUUGUUUGAAAGAAACAAUGUGAAAACUGUUUGCAUAUACAGUAGUAAGAAACAAGGUAGUAUGUAUUGCCAACAUGUACUCUAGAAAUGAACUUGAAAGUACUGGCCUUUUCAGUAUUUUUCUGCCAAUGUGGAGGCUGCACUGUGUCUCAUUAUUAUACUUCAGUACGUUUUAUGUGAGGCUGGGUCUUUGUUUCACUCGUUUUUUUUUUUCUUUUUCUUUGAAUUUAGUAUUUUAAUUGUAUAUUAAAUAAUUUUGCAUUGUGAAUGUGCACAUAGAAGGCCUUUAUGUUAUGUAAAUUUCUGUAUAAAUGCAUUUAUCAUUUUUAAAGCAAUGUGUCUUUUGUUUCCUGAUUUUCUAUCUCAGUUUAUAUCUGUGUAUACUUUUAUUCCUGUUGCGCGUCACUCAUAACACUAAUUGCGCAAUAAAUAAAUUGGAAUCAUAAAA